UUCCAGUGAAAUGUUGUCUACAGAACGUUACUGUGUCUUACACGAGUCUUAAGUGAGUGACCUUGAUCGAUAGUUUUUUUUAAUUUACUCCAAUUGAGCAAAAAAUAAUUACAAGAUCUGUUAUACUUUUUGCAAGCUUUUAAAACAAGUUGAGCGAAAAAAAGCUUGAGCACAAAAUAUAAAUUUUUUUUUAUCAUCAAAGGCAGCGAGUAAAAAUAAAAAAUAUGAAAAGUAUACUUGUGAUUUUCCUACUUCUGCUAGCAAGUGCGCACUGCUACCCAGGAGUGCCACGUGAUCCAGGCGCGAGUGAAGCAAACGACAAGCAAAAGUCACAAAUUGAAUUGAUACUUCCGGAAGAAGACCGUAAAAAUUUUGGUCAACUUCCCAAUUUCGAUGAUGAUGAUGACGAUGAAGGAUUCAGGUUCACACCAAUAAAAUUCAAUUUACGUCCAAUUCAAUCCGAUGAAUUCUUCCGUCCAUUAACUCCAUUCUUUUCUGGUGUGCAAGACAUGAUGAAACAAAUGAGAGAGGAAAUGGCUAAAAUGUUCACAGGAUUUCCCACUAUCGAUGAUUUUAAACCAUUAGUACCGAUCCCGAAGGACGCCGUCAACAAAACAUCCUCGAAAUCUGAAACCAAAAUAAUUAAUGGCAAUAAAGUAACGAUUAAUGAAACAACUUACACUGAUGGUACUAAUAACUCAAACACAAUAGUGAGAUUCCGUGUAAUCCAUGUAAGACCUGAAAAUGAAACUUCUGUGGAAGCUGAGAAUAAUAGCAGUCCAGAAGUUGUUGAUUUGGAAACAGAAGUAGACACAGAACCCAAGGGAUCCUCGAAGGAAGAAUCAACAAACAAAAGUGUUGAAGCUGUUGAGGAUUGGAAAAAUGACAUUCCAGAUUCACCAGUUGAUGAUCUUAAGGCUUAAUUUAUAAUAUUCAGAUUACACUGAUGUUUCUUGUAUAUUUUUAUUAUUUAUAUAUUUUUUAUUACUAUAUAAUUAUAGCAUUAAUUAUAGUAAUAAUGAUAAUUUACGUAAUACGAAUAAGCCGAAUAAAUAAUAGCAUUAAAAUAUCAAAAAGUUAAUAAUAAAUAUGUGUAUUGCUCUGUUUUUGUUAAUCUCAUGUAUAAUUAUAAUUUAUGAAUAAAUAUUUAAUUUACUUAAAA